CUGGCUGGCUGCAUGAGCUCCAUAUGCAGCAGGCACUUUCCUGAUCACCUAGAGCACUCUUCUCUACAUCUCCUCCACUUCAUGAUCUGCUUUUCCCCUCGAUCACACUCACUCGUUUGAUUCAGUCUCUGAUUGGAUUUAUACCUAUACAUGAUCAAACACAUAAUAGAUUGAUCUCCGUCUGGUGGGGUACACCAGAGGGGAGGGGUGGAGGCAGGACACUUUUUUUUUUAUUUCCUUGCAUGAGUGAGGACAGAAGCAAGAAGCCACAGCUGAGAAAGAAUAGGAGCAGGAGCUGUCUUUAUUGACCUCACCCCCUCCCUUUUUUUCACCCCGAUCCUUCUGUAACUCAGCCAGCUCGGGCGAUCCUUAGCCAGACCUGCAAUGUCCUAUCCUCAGGGUUACCUCUACCAGCCCCCUGGCUCCUUGGCUCUAUACUCCUGUCCGGCUUAUGGGGCUUCAGCGCUGGCCGCCCCUAGGAGCGAGGAGCUGGCCAGGUCUUCGUCCGGCUCAGCUUUCAGCCCUUACCCGGGAUCGGCUGCUUUCAGUGCCCAAGCGGCCACAGGUUUCAGCAGCCCUCUGCAGUACUCCAGCGACCCUGCCGGAUUCCCCGCUUACAUGGGACCUUAUGAUGCCCACACAUCUGGCAUGGCUGGGGCAAUCAGUUACCAUCCAUAUGGUAGCCCGGCUUACCCGUAUCAACUGAAUGACCCAGCUUAUAGGAAAAAUGCCACCAGGGACGCUACGGCCACCUUGAAAGCCUGGCUGCAGGAGCACAGGAAGAACCCUUACCCAACCAAAGGGGAGAAGAUCAUGUUGGCCAUCAUCACCAAAAUGACCCUCACCCAGGUCUCCACAUGGUUUGCCAACGCAAGGAGGAGGCUCAAGAAGGAAAACAAGAUGACCUGGGCACCUCGGAAUAAAAGCGAGGACGAAGACGAUGGUGAAGAUGAUGGGGAUGGAGAAAGAGUAAAAGAAGCCCAUUCAGAUAAGGUCCAUGACAACAACGAGACAUCAGCAGAGGAUGAAGGUAUCAGUCUGCAUGUAGACUCCCUCACAGAUCACUCCUGCUCUGCGGAAUCGGACGGAGAGAAGUUGCCCUGUAGGGUAGGGGACCGUCUUUGUGAAUCGGGUAAUGAAUCCAAGGACAAAUACGAUGACGAUGAAGACGACGACGAGAUUGAUGAAGAGGUUAGAGGAGUAAUCCCUGCUAAACCUGUGACCUCAUCCCCCCUUACUGGGGUCGAAGCACCUGUUCUCAAUCACCAGCACGAAGGGAGCCCUAGAAACUCAAACAAGUCGACUUUGGACAAUAGGAUUUCUUCAAGUUCCCAGACACAAACCAGCAAGCCCAAAUUAUGGUCGCUGGCUGAAAUAGCCACCUCAGACAUUAAACAUCAGAAUAUGAGUCAGAGCUGCCCACCUACCGCUUUGUCUUCUGCCACAUCAGCAUCUGCAUCUCACAGCUCUGCAUACCCUUCUUCUUCCAUUUUGGGGAGGCACAUUUACUACACAUCGCCUUUUUAUAGCAAUUAUACGAACUAUGGAAAUUUUAAUGCCCUCCAAAGUCAAGGCAUCUUGCGAUACAACUCAACAGCAGUGACUUCCAGCGAAGGACUUAAUCAGACCAUUCUGAGCAGUAGCUCUGUGCACAAACACUCCAGUGACUCUAUAAAAACCACCAGCACUCAACUCGAUCAACACUACAGAUCCAAUACUUUCGAAUCGAAAAAAGAUCCCUCCGAAGUCUGCACAGUAGGAGUACAACCAUACCUAUAGAUGUGCAAUCAGACUGCACUACAAGUAGGUGUCACAAUUGCUUUGAAAAAAGUCAGAUCACAUCUUGUGCCACGGUAGAGGAGAAGAUACACAAGAGCACUAUUAAACCCACAGACUCUUUUUAAACAAUACAAGAAAACUCCCUUUGACAUAUGUGAAAUUAUUCGUAUAAUAUAUAGUUAUCUUCAUGUAUAUUUGUGACUUUAUUUUCCAAAACAACCUGUUUUUUUCUCAGGAUAUCUUGACUUGAUCACAUUCAUUGCCACCAUAGGUGUGUUAGAAUUUUAUUGUAAAGAAUGAAAAGAAGGGGAAAAAUAUUUGUAAUAGAUGUAUAAAAUAGAGACAAUAAUUCGCGAUUCAUGAACUGGAGUACUUAAAACAGCGAGAUAAAAAAAACAAAAAAACAAAAACAGAUUUGAUAUUUAUUUUUGUAAUGAUAUUAAAGCUUCUAGUAAUUUAUGCAAGUUGUAUUGCAAUGAAAUGAAACUUUUUUUUGUAAAUAAACCUUGCCUGGUUUUUAUUUGAAAAAAAA